AUCCACGCCUUUCCUCUUUCCAGACACGUCCUGGGUGGAGUUCGUGGAGCACCCGGUCAUGAAGGAAACGAAAGAUAGAUCCAUCUUCAUCCACGUGGACAUCCCCGGCCAGGAGGACAACGCCCCCGACCUUCCUAACGACUACCAGUUCCCGACCAUGCAGAGCAUCGCCGAGGACCUGGUGGCCAUCCUGGACCAACUGAAGGUGAAGCUGGUGAUCGGGCUCGGAGAGGGCGCCGGGGCCAACAUCCUGGCUCGCUUCGGCAUGGCCCAGCCCGAGAGGUGCAUGGGGCUCAUCCUCAUCCACUGCACUUCCACCACAGCCGGCGUCAUGGAGCACUUCAAGGACAAGAUCAUCUCCUGGAAAGCUGAACAAACGUGGGCAUGCAUCCCACCCGCUGACAGUACUCAUUCUUCCACAAGUUUGGCCACCCAUGCUCUCUCAGGCUCUUGCAUGCAUGAUUCUCAGUUGACUAUUCAAUGUGUUCUUGCAAAGAUCUAA